GUCUCCUAGCCUUCGUCCCGGGCUUUAGUUCAGUACAAUCCGUGCCUCGCAACGAACGAAAUGAAUUUUGAGAAUGCAGGAAGUAAAUAAAAAACUUACAUUUCAUGACCAAUAUUAUUUGAAGGACUUUGGAUUGUAUGGGAGAGCCAUAUUAGAGUAUAGAUGAAACUAGGAUUAUGAAUAAUGAGCAGAAUAUACACUAUAUCUGAUGUCCACGUGGAUUAUUUGGAAAACCGUAAAUAUAUUGAACAUCUAUCAGACCAGAAGUACGAAUCGGAUGUUCUGUUACUUGCAGGCGAUGUGACAGACAACCUCUCACUACUCAAGACGACUCUUCAGACCCUUAAAAAGAAGUUCAAAGAUGUGUUUUACGUUCCAGGUAAUCACGAACUUUGGCUGAAAAAGGAUGACAGGGAAAUGAGGUUCAAAGAUUCAAUUGAAAAAUUCCAUGCAAUCAUCAAACUAUGUCAUGACACUGGUGUAAAGACUGAACCAGAGAAGGUGACAAGCACGCAGGGGGAUGUCUGGGUCGUGCCACUGUUCGCUUGGUAUAGUACACCGUACGAUGACCCUCAGGAUUCGCUAUACGCCGGUGAUUCAGCUGAUGUUCAUCAAGAUUCCGAAAACAUGUGGAUGGACAAUCACCUAUGUCUGUGGACAAGUUUAAAGGACAAAACACGAUCACAAUAUUUCGCUGAUCUGAACAAAGAACCAAUAUCAUUGGUUAUGAAAAAUAAAUCACCUGGUGAUGUAGUGGUCUCUUUCAGCCAUUUUCUGUCGAGGAAAGAACUUCUAGGACACACUGAAGCAGAAUUUGAGGAAUUCAACAAAGAACGCUCUCUUAGGAAACUCCCUGAAUUUCAAAUUGACAAAUCUAAAUCCAAACAAAUGCAGUUUGAUUUUUCACUAUUUGCCGGGUGCAAGGUACUAGAAGAAGCAAUCCGAAUGUUGGGAUCAGUUGUUCAUGUACACGGGCAUCAACAUAGGAAUCGGGAUAGAGAAAUAGGGGGAGUCCGCUAUGUAUCACAUUGCUUAGGGUACCCCAGGGAACAGCAAAAUGGCUUUACAUGGGGUCUCAUGGAAUGGGAUGGUCCUAAGCAGAUAUGGCCUAGUACCAAAUAGAAGCAGAAAAAGCAGAGUUUAAAGACAGAAAUAUGUGCUCAUUUUGGUUCUCAAUCAUGUGCGAAUUUUUUUUACCCAUAACAAUGCAGCAUCACAUAGCCCAUUGGAAUAUUUAAAAAACAAGAAUAAAACAAUAGUGGAAUUUCAAGAGAAGCAUAUGAAUUAAUUAAAUCAUGAUAGUGAACGAUAGAGUAUCCAAGAGAAAAUGAUAGACUUUAAACUAUUAAUGCUGUAUUCCAUAUUACACAAUCCAAAAUUAAACAUCUCUGAAAAGCAGUUUGAUAUCUAGAAAUCGAACUUGAAGAUCUUAAAGUUAGCAUCAGAAGGCAAUUCCCAUAAAAUUGUAAUAAGCUUCAGACUGAUCACUGCUGUAUCAUGAUUAUCUUUACGAGUCAUUCAUAGUUAGAAAUUUCAACAUUUUUGUCAAUAGA